GAGUCUCUCUCGCUCGCUCCCCGCUUCUGUCUCAGCGCUCACACAGAAAAGAAGCAACGCUGCCUCCACUGGGGGAGGAGGGCCGCCGCCGCCAUUAUCGCCCAGCUGCUGCCUGGAACAAGCACUUUCACCCCGGCGAUCUGCUGCUCCGGCGAGCCGGGACAUGAUCCAUCGCCGCCCCGGUGGAAGCGGAUUCCAGCCGAAACAGCAGAUUCGUCAAACUCUGCCUGGCGUGGCGCGGACCGGCCCUGCUGCUCUGCGUGGCCACAACAAUGGACACAAUCAUCAUCGCCCCAAGAAACGUGGUUUGAGCGCAGGACCGCGGCGGAUUUUUCGAGCCGGGAUUUAUUCUGUUCUCGCCACCGAGGAAAACGCGUUGAAAGUGGACUUUUAAAUCUGCGUUUCCAUUACGGGGACAGGGAUGCUAAGCGGGCGGGCGCGUGCGCCGGACGUGAGCACAAGCCUCCGACAUUUGCUGCGGUUCCACUAGUGUCCCGGCGACUGCGGGGUGUUUGCUUUUUUUUGUCGCCGUGCACAUCGGGAGGCUGCGGCAGGAGCCGGCCUGACAGAUGCAGCAGAAGGAAGACGACUGCGCUGGUCCUGACAGAAUAAGUGAAGGAGGCUGGUUCAAAUCCCCCACGGCUGGUGGUUCCACACCAUAUCCAGAGGAGCAAGUUUGAUUCUGUCUGUGGGUCGACAAGUUUAUGGACAAACAAGUCAACCAUUUCACAGUGCCUGAUAGUGGCAGGAUGCGCCAGAGCGGAGUAUGAUGGCGAAAAAGCAAGAUGCCCGCUCGCCCAUUUACAACCUCAUCGUGGUGGGUUUGUCGGGAACAGAGAAGGAGAAGGGACAGUGUGGGGUUGGAAAGUCCUGCUUGUGUAACAGGUUUGUGCGGUCCAGUGCCGACGACUUCUACCUGGACCACACGUCGGUGUUGAGCACCAGUGACUUUGGGGGUCGAGUGGUUAACAAUGACCACUUUCUGUUCUGGGGGGAGGUUUCGCGGCUCCUGGAGGAGGGCCCCGAGUGCAGAAUGCAUGUCGUGGAGCAAACGGAAUUUAUCGACGACCAAACCUUUCAGCCGCACCGUAGCACGGCCAUGCAGCCGUACAUCAAGCGGGCCGCCGCCACCAAGCUGGCCUCGGCGGAGAAGCUCAUGUACUUCUGCACGGACCAGCUGGGCCUGGAGCAGGACUUUGAGCAGAAGCAGAUGCCUGAAGGCAAGCUGCAGGUCGACGGCUUCUUGUUGUGUGUGGACGUUAGCCGAGGCAUGAAUCGCAACUUUGAUGACCAGCUGAAGUUUGUCACCAACCUUUAUGGUCAGAUUAGCAAGACAAAGAAGCCCAUUGUGCUGGUGCUCACCAAGUGUGACGAAGGGGUGGAACGUUACAUCAAAGACGCGCACACGUUUGCCAUCACGAAGAAGAGCCUGCCUGUCGUGGAGACCUCGGCGCGUUCCAACAUCAACGUCGACCUGGCGUUCCUCACCUUGGUUCAGCUCAUCGACAGAGGUCGGGGAAAGCCCAGGAUCAUUCCCUACUUCGAGGCGCUGAAGCUGCAGAGUCAGCAGAUUGCAUCCGCUAAGGACCGUUACGAGUGGCUGAUCAACCGGAUCGUGAAGAACCACAACGAGACCUGGUUAAACACCAGUCGCAGGAUGAACACCUCUCCGGAGUACAAAGAGUAUGUCUUCUUGGAGGGAACGGCCAAAUGCAAGAAGCUCUUCCAGCAGCACGUCUACCGCCUGAAGCAAGAGCACAUAGAGAGGCGCCGGAGAAGUUACCUGAGCACUCUGCCUCUAGCACUUAGUUCUUUGGUGCCUGACUUGGAUGAGAUCGAUCAGCUGAGCUGGUCCGGGGUUCAGAAGGUCCUCGAGUCUAAGCAGCACUUUGCCCACUGGUUUGUGGUUUUGGAGGACUCCCCGUGGGAAGACACGUCUCACAUCGACAACAUGGAGGAUGAGCGGAUCCCGUCUGACCUUCUGGAGACCACAGAAGCCGAGGAUAUCUUUAACACCCACCUGGAGCAUUUGCGCAACGAGUGCCGACGUGCAGAGCUGCGGGUGGAGUUCAAGCAGAAGCUGAUGUCCUCUCCGUUCGUCACGCCCGGAAAGCCGUGGGAGGAGGCCCGCAGCUUCAUCAUGAACGAGGAGUUCUACCAGUGGCUGGAGGAGCCAGAGUACCUCGACCUCUACAACCGCCACCAGAAAGAGAUCAUCGACCGCGCCAAAGAGGAUUUCCAGGAGCUCUUGCUGGAGUACUCUGAGCUUUUCUAUGAGCUGGAGGUCGACGCUAAACCCAGCAAGGAGAAGAUGGGAGCCAUCCAGGAGGUUUUGGGAGAAGAACAGAGGUUCAAAGCCCUUCAGAAGCUUCCGGCCGAAAGAGAUGCCCUAGUGUUGAAACACAUCCAUUUUGUCUAUCACCCAACCAAGGAGACUUGUCCCAACAGUCCCCACUGUGUGGACUCGAAGAUUGAGCAGAUGCUAGCGUCGCGCUUCCCAUCAUGCUACCCCUUCUUUGAUGUGAAGGCUCAUUUCGGGGACACGAAAGCAGACCGGAUCAAUCUGGUCAUUCUUGGGAAGGAUGGACUUGCCAGAGAAUUCGCCAACGAGAUUAGAGCCCUGUGCACCAAUGAUGACUGGUACGUCUUGGACGGGAAGAUGUACGAGCUGACGCUGAGGCCCAUCGAGGGCAACGUUCGUCUCCCCGUCAACUCCUUCCACACCCCGACCUUCACGCCACACGGCUGUCUGUGUCUGUACAACUCCAAGGAGUCCCUCUCCUACGUGGUUGAAAGCCUGGAGAGAGUCAGAGAGUCGACGCUCGGGCGGCGGGACAGCCAGCUGGCGCAGCUGCAGACAUCGCUGCUGCUGGUCACAAAGAGGGGCGUGGGCUCCUACGUCGAUAUUGGUGGAGAAACUGCCUUAAACCUCAUCACCCAGGGACAGCAGGUGGCACGGAGACUGCAGUGUAGCUUCCUGGACCCCGCGUCGCCCGGCGUGGGCUACGGCCACAACGUCAACGAGUCUCAGAUCAACCAGGUGCUCAGGAGUCUCUUGGACAUCAGGAGGAGCACGUCCUUCAGCAACAACUCCCCUCCCCUGUUUCCGGAGCAUCCGGGGCUCAGGGACUCUCCUCAUCAGCCCGCCCCCGAAGCAGAUCUCCGGGUGGUCAUGUGCUUAAUGUGCGGGGACGGCUACGACGUGGAGCAACUCUUAUCCCCUUUCCUCAUGCAUCAGCACUGCCGGCCCAUGUCCAAUAACGGCACCUCAGUUUUGAUCGAGCAGACCAUCGCGGGGCACAAGCUGGCCAUCGAGCUCUCGCUGCUUUCAUAUCACGCCUCUUUCACUUUGAGAAAGAGCAGGUUGGUGCACGGCUACUUCGCCGCGUACUCCGUCGCUCGCAAGGCCUCGCUGGAGACCUUGUGCGCGUUUCUGUGCGAGGUGCAGGACAUCAUCCCGGUCCAGCUGCUGGCGGUGGGCGACAGCCAGGCGGAGCUCACGGACAGCGACUACGCCCGCGAGCAGCUGAUUCAGGGCGAGGAGCUGGCGCACGAGAUCGAGGGCCGCUUCAACAGCGUGGUUUGCGGCUCCGGGGGCGUGGCCGGAGGGCUCCACCGGAUCGAGAUGUUCCACCCGUUUCUGAUGGAGGUGGUGGAGAAGCGCAACAUCGUGGAAGCCACGCACAUGUACGACAACGUGGCGGAAGCCUGCACCAAUGAAAACGUGUACUCGCCUCGCUGCAGCUCCCCCAGUCCGGUCACCAUGUACCUGGACUCGGAGGACGACGUGGACCCGUCGCCCCCGUACUACGACGGCACGCUCUCCUCUCACGGUGGGGGCUACAACAUUCAGGACUUGGAUUCCAGUGACAUAUCGGUCAUUUCUGACAUCAGAGACUUUGAGAGUAAACUGAACAACAAGGUGCCGCCUCACGUGAGAGUGAAGCCCGGCGUCACCUUCGACUACCGCAAGGUGAGCAGGAACCCCUACAUAGACACGCUGGGCCACCGCCGCUCCCUGCCCUCCGCCGUUACCUGGGUUCCUGGGGGAGACGUGGGCUACGACCCCUCAGACUACGCUGAGCCCAUCGACGCCGUGUCCAAACCCCGUCCCAGCAACGAAGAGAUCAUCUACUCCGUUCCGCACGACAGCACGCAGGGCAAAAUCAUCACCAUCCGCAACUCCAACAGGAUGCACUCCAAUGGAAAUGGGUCCGACAGCGAGGCGGACAGCGGCUCCCUGGAGCGGCGGAGGAAGUUCUCCGCAGCCGGGGUGAAGCCUCGUCUUUACAGAGACCGCUCCAAGCGGCUGGGGAAGUUCAGCAGCUUCCGCAGCAGCUUCAUCGGCAGCGACGACGAGAUGGGAGUCCUUCCCAAGUGCAAGGAGGAGGACUACGGCACCCUGAAGGGCGAGAGUCUGGUCAGCGAGGAGAACGAAGAUCCAAAGAAGAGAAACAUCCUGAAGAGCCUUCGCAGGACCGCCAAGAAAACCAGACCAAAAGCCCGACCAGCGAUCCCCAAACCCAUGGAGAGCAAUUAUUUCGGGGUCCCCCUGGCCAGCGUGGUGUCCCCAGACAGGCCGAUCCCGCUCUUCAUUGAGAAGUGCGUCCGCUUCAUCGAGACGACAGGCCUGAACACGGAGGGCUUGUACCGCGUCAGCGGGAACAAGUCGGAGAUGGAGAGCAUGCAGAGGCAGUUCGAGCAGGAUCACGGCUUGGACCUGGUGGAGAAGGACUUCUCCAUCAACACUGUGGCCGGAGCCCUGAAGAGCUUCUUCUCCGAGCUGCCUGAGCCCCUGGUGCCUUGCGCCCUGCAGGUGGACCUCCUGGAUGCCUUCAAGAUAAACGAGCGCGAGCAGAGGCUCUACACCAUGAAGGACGUGCUGCGAAGGUUCCCGCGGGAGAACUACGACUCCUUCAGAUACGUCAUGAGCCACCUGAACAAGGUCUCCCAGCUGAGUCGGCUGAACCUGAUGACCAGCGAAAACCUGUCCAUCUGCUUCUGGCCCACCCUCAUGAGGCCCGACUUCUCCACCAUGGACGCGCUGACGGCCACGCGCAGCUACCAGACAAUCAUCGAGACCUUCAUCCACCAGUGUGCUUUCUUCUUCUACAACCAGCCGCUGCUGGACUCCCCCAGCGGCCUGGCCGGCCUCCCCGCCUCCCCCACCACCACCGCCUACUCCUGCUACCGCUCCUCCCCCCCCCACAACACGCCGCACUUCAGCCCGCUGCAGCAGUCCCCGCCCACCACCCCCCAGUCCCCGCUGCAGUCCAUGCUCCCCCCCCUCCACCAGCACCCCCACUCCCACCACCACUCUCCUGCUGAACAAGAGACACUGUGAGACGCCGCGUGUGCCGCCAUGAUGCUGGACCUUCACACACAUCCAUCCCGCCGUUCGUCUCCGUACGUGUGUGUGAGACUCUUCCUCGGCUGGAGGCGAAACCUAGAGGGCGCUGUCCUGCUGUUGAACCCGGCUGUUUCAUACUGUUCUUCGUCUCAUGAAAGUACCGCCACUGGAUUUAUAGACUUCUGUAGGUCCUUUGAGCAACGCUUGCUUGGUAGCAUAGGGUCCUCGACGUCCGCUCAUGACCGUGGGGGGUGGGGGGUGGGGUCACAUCCCGGGAUGCACUUUAUGGAUCACUGUUGUUUUCCCUCCGAGGGCUUCAUCUUGUUCAGUUGUUUUGUAAACGUCACGCUCCGACAGCCAUACGCACCGCCGCCGCUCCGGCAGAUAUCAGACUUUGUUUACAUGCGACUCUUUUGUAUCCGCAUCUGAAGCACUUUUUUUUUGAUAGUCUAGUGUUGCAUUUUGAAGAUGAACUGUCCAUAUGUUUUAUUGGGAGCGAAUGUGGCGCCGGCGUGUAAAGACUUUUGUAAAAACUUGUGUUCGGCUGAAGUUUUUUGGGUUUUUUUUCCUAGCUUGACGGGGCGCGACGCCCUCGUUCAUCCUGCCGUGUGAAGCGUAGUUUCCUUUCCUAGUGCUCGUUGGUUGAACUGAUCGUGUGUUUAGGGACGACCUCGUGUCCGCGGAAUAUGAAUGUGCUAGCGGCCGCGGCGGCCGGGCUUCCUGUCGCGCCGCCGUCACGGGUGCAAUGAUGUUUGGGAUUUUUACUUCCUGUUUGGGAGAUCAAGUCGGCGGGAACCUGCGUGUCAUGAAACUGAACUUCUCGGUGGAGACGUUUGAUCCGACAAAUUUAGAGUCAUCUGUCGCUGAGUCCGACUUCCUGCUGAUGCUGCGUUCAAAGUCAACUGGCUGAAAAACAGCUUCAGAAAAGUUCAGUUACCGUACUCCGUGGGGCGUUCACUGACCACGUGAUGCCUGUUUGCACAUCUGUGACUCAAUCUUUAACGGGAGAAAAACGCAUUUUCGGAGAGUUAACGUUUUGUCGCACUGGGAAGUCAUUGAAUGCAGCAUCGGCUGACACAGCGCAGAAGUUUGCGUCACCUCUGAGACGACUACUGACCGAUACGCAGGCGCCCGCUGGCGUCGGCGCCGCGACGUGAGCGCCCCCUUGGUACUGAAGAAAAACACCCGCUCAAACACUGUAACCACCCAAAUUCUCGCCCGGUUCCUCUGUUCCGGUUGUUUCUUUGUAUAUUCUGGGAGAGUCCGCCCACUAGUCCGUGUUAGAAGACCUUUCUAGUGUGUGUUCCGAUCUUGAGAAUCCAUUUUUAUGUGACUGACUUGAAGGCCCACUUGAGUUUCCUGCAUGAUUUUAAAAGAAGACACCAGGGGGAGCCGGACCGAAGCCCCCCUGUUUUAAAUUAGAGAAAAACAAGCGCUGACUCGCUGUAACCUUGAAGAUGAAGUUGAAACCCCCUGAAGUUUCCGUGUCUGAAGAUGAAGGCCUUACGUGAACUGUAUCAUAGUUAAUAAAUUAAAUCUUGUAAAAGCGAAGCCCCGUGUGUCUGGAG